UCUGCGUAAUUACGUUCUAGAAAUUGUAGUGGAGAAGAGAGAGAGAGAUGGCGAUGGCGAUCGGAGAAGAGGAGUGGCUGGGAUGCUGCGGGAGCUCGGACUUCGCGAUGCUGAUGGCGAAGGCGUCGCCAUUUCCGUCCGUCGAGUCCGCGAUCGAAGCGGCGAGAGACGUAUGGCUCAACCAGCUCAACGUCAAAGCUUGGCUCGACGCCUUCGCUGCUCAUCCUCAGAUCGGCGUCUCUUCUCCUUCUCGAACCCUAACGGAGCAAUCCACGGCCUUAGCCACUGCUUCUGCUUCGACAUUGCAUGACCUCUCCCUCUGGAAUUCGCGCUACAGGGAAAAAUUCGGCUUCAUCUUCAUCACCUGCGCAUCUGGAAGGACCCAUUCGGAGAUGCUUGAGGAAUUGAAGCAAAGGUACUCGAACAGGCCGAUCUUCGAGCUCGAGCUUGCUGCUAAGGAACAAAUGAAAAUCGUAGAACUCCGUAUUGCGAAGUUGUUCUCUGACAAGGCAAAAAUCUCAACAAUCCCACAAGAUCGACUGAGAAUCAUAGGAGGGCAUCUGAAUGUCGGAUCAACAGAAGCAAAGGCCGAAAAACCGGUUCAACCUUCAAAAAGAACUCGGCCUCCGAUCACCACUCAUGUCUUGGACGUUUCUCAGGGUUCGCCAGCAUCGGGUGUUGAAGUUGUUUUGGAGGUAUGGAGUGGCAAUUCUUCUCACGCAGGACCUCGUUUCGGUCAGGGCGAUAUCUCGGGCUGGUCAAUGGUGGGUGCUUCUGUGACGGAUAAGGACGGAAGGAGCGGGCAGUUGAUGGAAAUGGUCGAGGCUUUGAAUCCGGGGACAUACAGAAUCAGCUUCAACACCGGAAAGUACUGUCCAGGCGGGUUUUUCCCUUACGUCACGAUCGCUUUCGAGGUCAGAGAAUCACAGAAACUGGAGCAUUUCCAUGUUCCGCUGCUGGUUUCUCCGUUCUCGUUCACCACUUACCGUGGAAGCUAGAACAAGCUUUACUGUAGUGACAUGUCCGAACCGGUUUGUUGCCUGUGCAAUAACUUUCCAUGAAACCCAAAAUCACAAGUGUUUGUGUAUGUUCUAGUUCUUUCGCAAUUAACCAUGAGACAGAAAAAGUUUUACCGAUUUCAUUGAACA